AUGGGUGGAAAUUCGCGAAGCAAUGGUGCGUCGCACGAGAACGGCGAUGUUCCUGACGCUGGGCUGAGAAGCUUGGAUCAUUACAAGAGGGCUCUUCCACCGUGGCGGUACCGACUUCGACAACAGGCACUGCCCUUGAUCCGCUGGGAGACGCCGUACCUGGCGUGGAUGCAGGAGAGGCUGCGCACGCCCGCACUCGACAGCUACUUUGCCAUCACGGCGAACCUGGGCACUCACACCUUCUUCAUGGUCUUUCUGCCCAUGUGCUUCUGGUGCGGGCAGGCCUGGUUCGGGAAAGGGCUCGUGCACAUCCUGGCCCUGGGCGUCUUCUGGACAGGCUUCGUCAAGGACUUUUACUCGUUGCCGCGACCGCUCUCUCCGCCGCUCCACCGCAUCACCAUGUCCGGAUCGGCCGCACUCGAGUACGGCUUCCCGUCGACGCACAGCGCCAACGCGGUCUCGGUCGCCGUGUACGGACUGCUGAUCCUCAAGAGCCCCGAAAACUCCCUGCCACCCGCCGCGAAGCUGUCCUUGGAGUGCCUUUCCUACUUUUAUGCCGCGUCCAUCGUCUUUGGGCGGCUGUACUGCGGUAUGCACGGGUUCCUUGACGUCCUCGUCGGGUCCGUAAUCGGCGUGGCUAUUGGCAUGCUCGAGUUCUACUACGGCCCGGCGUUUGACGCGUACAUGCACGCGAGCUCCUGGGUCGCGCCCGCGGUGGCUUGCCUGGUCAUUGUCAUCCUCGUGCGCAUCCACCCGGAGCCCGCGGACGACUGCCCCUGCUUCGACGACAGCGUCGCGUUCGCGGGCGUCGUCAUCGGCCUCGAGUUCGGGUCCUGGACGUACGGCAAGAUCCCCUGGGAUCCGUGGGUGGCCAACGCGUACGCCGGAAACGGCACCGUCGACGUCACCCCCCUCGGCUGGGGCCUCAACGUCGUCCGCAUCGUCUUCGGCGUGCUCAUCGUCUUCGCCUGGCGCGAGACGAUGAAGCCGCUACUCCUCAAGGGCCUCCCGCACCUGUUCCGCCUCAUCGAGUCGUGCGGGUUCACGCUGCCGCGGCGCUUCUUCACGCCGGCCAGCGAGUACAAGUCGGUGCCUUCCGGCUCUCGCAUCGACACACUCUUCCCGACCGCGUCCGACUUCCCGCGCAUUGUGGCGGGCAUCCGCCACCCGACGACGCGCGGCCGCUCCGUGUCCAUCGGCCCGCAGAGCGCGGCGGACGCGUACGAGACGCUGGCGUACCGCGAGCGCCAGCGCCGCGAGAGCAUCGGCAGCAACCACAGCCUGCGGAGCCGGUCGACGGGCAACCCGGACGCCGGCGGGUCGGAAGACCAGGCCGGCAGGGCGCUGGCGUCGGGCGCGCAGAAGCCGCCGUCGAGGACGGAGUACGAGAAAAUGAUUGCGGGCAACGAGGCUGUCUUGACGCCAGCGGAUGAGCCUACGGAGCAGCAGAGCCGGGCGGUCGACGAGAAGGAAGUCUUUGCGCUGCUCGUCAAGCCGCGUGUACGGUACGAUGUCGAGGUUGUAACAAAAUUAAUUGUCUACACAGGUGAGUCUCCGUACAACCCCCGGCCGAACCCCAUGGUCUUUUUAGGGCUACUUUGCUAA